GGUGUGGAGCGCGCGGGCGCCUUUGGAACGCGGUGUAUCGAGUGCCCGGGGGGGGAAUUCCAAUUGGAACGCGGCGCUGUCAGUGACGGAUACAUUGUAUCCGGACAGGAGGGAAUCCCCGCAGCUCAGCGCAGCCCGGACACACAGCGACAGGGAACCUGCACAGCCAAGCCCGAUAUACCCACCAGCCCCCCCCCCCCCCCCCUCCUCUCCCCCCACACACAACCCGCGGGGCAACCGGGCAGCCGCUUCAGAUACCCCUCACCCACCAUCACCAGCAGCAAGAACGCGCCCCCACCCCCCUCCCUUCAACCCCAGCCGAAACCGCCGCACCUCUAAUGGAGUUAGAGAACAUCGUAGCCAACACGGUGCUGCUCAAAGCGAGGGAAGGUGGGGGAGGGAAACGAAAAGGAAGAAGCAAGAAGUGGAAAGAAAUCCUCCGGUUCCCCCAAAUCAGUCAAUGUGAAGAUCUCCGGAAGGUUGUGGAACGAGACUAUGACAGCCUGUGUAACAAGCAGCCGAUCGGGAGAGAGCUCUUCCGACAGUUCUGUGAGACCAAGCCGGAGCUGAGAAGAUGCAUCAGGUUCCUCGACACUGUGGUAGAUUAUGAAGUGACUCCAGAUGAGAGGAGGAAGGAGAAAGCCGAUGAGGUCAUUCACAGGUUUCUCACCGAGGGGUCUCCAGAAUACAUGACAGAAAUUAGCAAGUCCCACAUCAUUCAGUGCAUCGAAAGCCUUGAAAAGGGCCCGUGCAAAGAGAUCUUCAGUGAAUGCUUGAAGAGUCCUCAUCAAUACCUCAGUGGAGAGCCAUUUGUGGAUUACCAAGAAAGUAUGUACUUUGAUCGAUUUCUGCAGUGGAAAUGGUUGGAGAGACAAGCCAUCACCAAAGACACUUUCAGACAAUACAGGGUUCUGGGCAAAGGAGGCUUUGGAGAGGUCUGUGCGUGUCAAGUGAGAGCAACGGGGAAAAUGUACGCGUGUAAGAAGCUGGAGAAGAAGAGAAUCAAGAAAAGGAAAGGAGAGACGAUGGCAUUAAAUGAAAAACAAAUAUUAGAAAAAGUAAAUAGCAGAUUUGUAGUCAGCCUAGCUUAUGCCUACGAAACUAAAGAUGCACUGUGUUUGGUUCUCACCAUUAUGAACGGAGGGGACUUGAAGUUCCACAUCUACAGCAUGGGCGACCCAGGCUUUGAGGAGGAACGUGUUAUAUUUUACACGGCUGAAAUCUGCUGUGGCCUGGCUCACCUCCACCGGGAAGGUAUUGCAUAUCGGGAUUUGAAGCCGGAGAACAUCCUCCUCGAUGACAAUGGUCACAUUCGCUUGUCGGAUUUGGGGCUGGCGGUGGCGAUACCAGAGGGAGAGAAGAUUCGGGGGCGUGUCGGUACCGUCGGGUACAUGGCUCCCGAGGUGAUAAACAACGAGCAGUACACAGUGAGUCCCGACUGGUGGGGACUGGGAUGCCUGAUCUACGAGAUGACCGCUGGACAUUCACCGUUCCGAGCUCGGAAGGAGAGGGUGAAGCGGGAAGAGGUGGAGAAGCGAGUGCAGCAUCAGGAAGAGGAAUACAGUGACAAAUUCACGGAGGAUGUGAAACGUAUCUGUCGGGUGCUGCUAACCAAAGAUCCAAAGCAGCGACUCGGUUGCAAGGCAGAGGGAGCCAGCGAGGUGAAGGGACAUCCCUUCUUCAAAGGCAUCAACUUCAAGCGGUUGGAGGCUGGCAUGCUGCAGCCGUCGUUCCUACCAGAUCCUCGAGCAGUUUACUGCAAGGACGUGCUGGACAUUGAACAGUUUUCAACGGUGAAGGGCGUGUAUCUGGACCAAACUGACAACGACUUCUACGUGAAAUUCGCCACAGGCUGCGUUCCGAUCCCUUGGCAAAACGAGAUGAUCGAGACUGAAUGUUUCAAGGAGUUGAACGUGUUUGGACCAAAUGGGAGCAGAUCGCCAGACCUGGAUUGGAACCUUCUUCCCGAGCCACCCAAAAGGAGUCUGCUUGAUCGGAUAUUCCGACGUCACGCCCACGACUACACCUUCAGCGCGACCAACCCAAACUCCAGUCUCGUUCCUCACGUCAACUCGAACAAGCCCACGUCUAACAUGGCCCGGACACCCACAGUUGCCUGAUGCUGUCCCACAGCCUGGCCCACUCUGGACAAUUUACCUUCUCUCAGGUUCAACUCGGAUGUAAAGAAAAAUAAUGGCAUUUUAAAGUUGGUGGUGCGAUGAGAAUUGAAACAUUGCUGCUGUGUUGACGUAGAAAAUGUAGUCAGAGGGCAGAACAGAGAAGACGCCUUCCUCACAUGCCUGGCCGGGUGGAUGAGAGCCAGGUGGUCCUUGGUGAUGAGGGGUACAGACGAGGUUGGCUUGCAUCUGCGUGCAUGGCCCCUUAUUCCUCAUGGAUCGUCUGUCCAUCUCCGGGUUGGAAUGUCGGCCUGCAAAUUCAAUUGUGAAAUUUCCAGAAGUUCAGUGGUCCCAAGAUGGGAUUUGAACCGGGGAAGGUGGGAAGAAAAUUGGUGUUGCAUCCUUGAAUCCGGUGGCAUCCAGUGGUGGGAGGUCAGAAUUGCAGCCUUCCUAUUGAGUUGGGACUUCCAUUGUAUAUUGGGUGGUGUGGUAUAAUGUUAUCAGUGCCAAUAUUGGUUACCAAUAUAUUGCCAAUAUAUAUACAAGCCAAUAUUGUUUCCUUCUCAAUAGGUCCCAACGGCUAAGGAGUUGUAUAGUUCUGCUUGGAAUGAUGUUGGGCCUUAAUGUUGAGUGCCCAAGACAUGGCACUUGUCUGAGGAAUUGACUCGGAGCUGGUGGUCCAAUAGUUCGUUGGUCAGUAGUUGAGCACCUGUAGGAGGCUUAUUCAUCAAUCAUGUAAUAUUGUCCCACAGGUGAGACAAGACCAAGGUCAAAGAGUAAGACCAGGUGUAGAUGAGUGGGGGACUUGGCAUGCUAGCCGUGGUCCACUCUAGGACCAUUGAGACCCAUUGUGCUGCUGUUCAACAAGCGUAAGCUUCUAGGCUACCAGGGAACGCAUCUUGCAACGUUCCACCCUUGACCAGGCAGUGGCAUCGUUCCAUGCGCAACUUGGCUGCCACCACUGGCUUUGCCAGUUGCAGCUCCAUGAUGUUUUGUGGGGACGUGCGGGGUGGUUCUGACUGGAAAUGCUGGAGUUACACAGCGGGACGGGCGGCAUCUCUGGAGAGAUGGAAUGGAAACAUUCUUAUGUCUGAGGGAAAGGUCUUGACCUGAAACAUCACUCAUUCCUUCUCUCCAGAGACGCCGCCGGUCCUACUGAGUUACUCCAGCAUUUUUUUGUCUAUUUUCGGUGUAAACCAGCAUCUACAGUUCCUUCCUACACGCCACUUCAUUGGGACUGACCGCCAAUGGUGUUGAGGGCCUGCCAAUGCCCCGUUGACCUGGAUGGAGGUCUCAAGGUUCAGGAAAGGGGUGGGAGGUGCUGAGCAAGAACUGGAACCAGGAAAUUGGGAUGGGAUCGUCCCCACAAAGUCCCUUCUUGGCGUUUGACGGAAUAUUGGUCUUUUCCCGUUUCCCAGUGGCCACUCUGGAAAACCGGAAGUCUAGAGCGGCUCACGGUGGAGUUGGUGCUCCCUCUGCUGGCCACCGCAGGAACGCCAACCCCUCUGCUCUGACUCCUCCUCUCCCUUGGACAAUGGCUCGGGAUACAAAGGCCGCUCAUCUUGUGUUUGGGAUUCAGUCAACAAUCUUGUUCUGCCAAAGUAAAUAUGUGUAAAAUUGCACCAAUUUACAUGUUUAUACAUUUGUGUCGUGCGUGCAUCAGGAUGUAUAUGUUCGUCUGUUGAAGAGCUUAAGCUAUGUGUUAGCAGUUUUUAAAUGUCAGGGACUCUUUCAGGAUUUGAAGCAGGGCAAGAAUCUAAACAUCCUCAGCAUUGCAACAAGUGUAAACUAUUGUUCAUACCACUAGCUCGAUGUUGAAAUAGCCCAUUAUUAUACUAUUUCAAUGUAACAAUGCUGGGGCAAUUUCCGAUGGCUUUGGAGCUGACUGGUGUAAUAUGUGAAGUGGCAGGUUUAGUGUACAGGACUGAACAAUAUCAUUCAGAGGUGGUUGGGAACUGAGGGGAGAUACAUGGCAGAUAUGUGGUCUACAGUGGUCCCAAAUGAAAAUGGGUUCAUUUCAAAAGUUCAUUGAGACAUUACAUAUUUUCCACAUCACAUCCCUCGAUGGUCAUUGUACACAAUGAUGGGAAGCUGCCGCUAAAUUGUAUCAUCGCGCACCGAUCAGAUCAGCACUGGCGGAGGUGGAGUUGGCUUCAACCAAAAACCAACAGCAAAAGAUCCUCACUGCUGGCUGUACACAGGACCUUUAUACAAACUGGUCAAAACAAGGACCUGCAGAUGUUGGCUUAAAAAUAAGUCACAAAGUGGUGGAUUAGACUCAAGAAGGGUCCCGACCCGAAACGUCACCUAUUCAUGUUCUUCAGAGUUGCUGCCUGACCCACUCAGUUACUCCAGCAGUUUGUGUCCUUGUAACUACGAACUAUAUUUCUCCCCCAAUGAAUUCCCACAAAUGAAACGAUUUCUCCCAAAACAGAGGUGUGUGCUAAAUACCAUUUCUCCCAGUGCAGUGGUAGAGUUGCUGGCAGAGGCCAGGGUUCGAUCCUGACUCCGGGUGCUGUCUGUAUGGAGUUUGCACGUGCUCCCCGUGACCCGCGGAGGUUUUCUCCUGCUGUUCCGGUUUCCUCCCACACUCCAAAGACGCGCAUGCCUGUAGGUCAAUUGGCUUCUGUAAAUUGUAAACUUAUCCCUAGUGUUUGUAGGAUAGUACUCGCUGGUUAGCAUGGACUCGGUGGGCCGAAGGGCCAGAUUCCACACUCCACCUCUAAAGUCUAAAAACUGGAGCAUUGAUUAGUAUCCAAUUAUUGGUCUAAAAGCUUUGACUGGACUGGGCAGAACUAUUAAUUGAAAGAGACCUUACUGGAGCAACUGGGCAUGUCAGGCAGCAUCGAUGGAAAACAUGGAUAGGCAAUGUUUUGGGUCAGGACUCCAACUUUAGAACCAUUAACUAAACCAGGUAUACAAGGUGGGUGAUGAUAAAUAUAAAGACUUGUUGGAUGUGGGAGUGAUCUAUGUGGAGGGCUUGUCACACCAUUUAUGACCAGUCUAAUGACGGAUUUCAACAUUCUUGGUCUAACAUUGCAAAUUCAGGGUCAGUAGGGUGGCUCGCCAUUAAUAAUAAAUUAGCACGUCAAUCCCUGCUGAUUAUUGACGACUGUGAGAAUAAUGGAUAAAUAAUGGAUAAAUUUCCUUCUUCAGAAGCUGCCUGACCCGCUGAGUUCUUUGUAUUUUGCUCAAGAUACCAGCAGUUUAGUUUGGAGAUACAGCACGGAAACAGGCCCUUCGGCCCAUCGAGUCCGAGCUGACCAGUGAUCCCAGCACACUAGCACCAUCCUAUCCUACACACACACACACACACACACACACACACACACACACACACACACACACACACACACACACACACGACAAUUUUACAACUACACUAAGCCAAUUAACCUACAAACUUGCAGGUCUUUGGAGUGUGGAGGGAAACCAGAGCACC